UCCUCUCACGCUCCUUCUGGUGGGAGGUGACCAGAUUCACGUCGUUCUCCAGCAGCCAGAGGAAGGUUCUCCCCAGGCCGUGAGGCUAUAGGGGAUGGAUCAGGGGGAUGCAGGUCCAGCAUGCUGGCUCCCGACUCAGUCAGCUGAAAAAGUAUGUGCUGAGGAGGGACAGGGCCCAACAACCUGCUGCAUCCUCUGCUGCUUUCACCCGCAGCCCGGCAGCGUGCUCCAGCAGGGCCGACAGCAAGGCCAGCUGCACCACGAAGGCUGCUGCACCUUCUCCUCAGCGCCAGUCCUCCACUCCAAGGAAGAAGCGAGCCAUGGUUCUUUACAGUUCCUCGGAAGAAGAUGAGGAGCUGAUGGUGGAAGCUGCUUCUGCUGUAGAGCAGGAGCUGUCUGCUUUGGGUGAGUCAUGCAGCAGGUCUAUUUUUCCAACACAUUUCAUCACAAUGUGUAUGAUAGUGACCGUGCUGGACUCUGCGCCCGUUGCAGCAACUUCAUCAGCAACUCCUACUCCUCUCCUCACACCAUCUCCCUCUGCUGAUAAACCCAGCGCUCCUGCAGCCCAGGUUGGUUUCAAAAGACUUUUUGAAGCAAGAAGUUGUUUUUUUCUUAUUUGCAGCAGUUCACUUGUUAUGGCCCCUGGCCUUUUGAGGCUGUGCAGGCUCCUUUUCUUUUUUUUUGUUGUUAUGCAGAUUCAGCUGUGGGGGCACACCUUCCUGAUUGGCUGCCUGGAGACUGCUGGAAGGCAGCCGCGCCAUUGGACCAGCAGAGAAUUGCAAGCCAAUCAGAUGCUAAUGAGGCCCACCUGCAACAUUCUCCCAGUGGGGCAGCUUGUUGUCCUGUUGGAGUCCUGGAAGAGCAGCCUUCCUCCUGAGGAACAGGAAUGGCUGAGCAGAGCCCUGUUUGUCAAGGACCGGACAGGCAGGGCUGUCCUGUCUAAAGAGCUGCAGCUGUGGUACCACUCACCUGGCCCCCGCCUCAUCUACAGCCAGCCUCCCUCCUCGCCUGAUGCCUUCUUCCAGCGCCGGUUCUUCCUCUGGGCUCCGUACCGGAUGUGGCAGUACAGCCUCAAGUGUCCGAGCUGUGCCCACAAGCUGACGAGCUGUGGCCUGUAUAAGACCGUGCGCAGAGUUCUGGACCUUGAUGGCUGGUACUACAUGUGCACGGAGUACCUGGAGUGCAGGUACUGCACCAAGAAGGUGGCUGCCUGGUCCAGGAGUGUGAGGGAGCAGCUGGACUUCAGUCACCAAAUGCUCUUCCCUGCUGAGCUGGCGUACAGGCUGUCCUGUGACAAGAAGGUGCUUAGCCAGAUGAAGGGGCGAACGCUCGGUAACAGCGCUAACCGGCUUCACUCCUUCCUGGUUGAAAACCACACAGAGGAGUGGAUGACCAGGUGCCUGCUCUACUUGGAGACUUGUGGGAAGUUUCAAGUAGCAGGGAUACAUCUGGCUCCUACUGCUCAUCCCCCCAGAAUGCAGCCUGUACCCACUAGCCGCUGGCUGCUCUUCACCUAUGCCAGAGAGACCUUCAGCCGGAUGGAGGAGCUUCAGGCAAGCGUGACAUCUGUCUUCGGCUCCAUCCUGAAGAUGGACUCCACAAAGAAGGUCAUCAAGAAGCUGGCUGGAGCGGAUGCUGGGACAGCUCAGUGGAUGAGCAGCGUGGGGAACGAGCUGGGGCAGGUUUUGAUCUGUGUGGUGACGGCGGCGGAGGGAUAUGGGCUGCAGGACAUGGCCAAGGGCCUGCAUAAGCGCUACGAGCAGGCCCGCCGCAGCUCCCCUGAAGUCCUGUACGUGGGCCGGGACUGCUGCAGGGCGGACGGAAAGCCCUCGACCUCAGUGGUAAAGACUCCCAUGGUCAUCACGCUACCAACAAACCACUUACCUUGUUCCCCAGAGCUCCAGUGCCUCGUCCACACUCUCGGACCCCAAUUGUUCACCCCCUCCCUGGCGGAUCUCAUUCACUUACCAGUAAGCAAAUCAGCCUAACUUAUAAAGAUAUUCUUACUUGGAAAAUUCUCCCAACUUACCUGUCAACCUUCCCCUUACGGUUGGUGCGUUCUAGUCCCGGACCACUUCAUCCGUUUCCUGUAGAACAAUAAAGUCAAUUAACUUUU